GUGCCUCUGCCUGGAAGUGGGUGGUUUCCGUUAGUGAGGGAAAAAAAUUCCUGAGAGUGAGUCAGAGUCAGCAAGAGAAAGUAAACUUUUCUCUGUUCCCAGUGUCACAGAGUUGAACUACUUGCUGUGCAGUUGUUAAUAUUAUUGAGGUAAUAUUAGGCCUACUGCAUCUUGCCAGUGUGGAUACUGCAGUUGUUGUUUACUGUAAGCUGUCUGGACACAGAAGGCCAAGUCAGAGUUUGUCUGAGCUACUUGGAAUUUCACAAUUUUGCGUAUUGCACCAAAAAACUCAGAGAAAUAUGGACACAAAGAGAAUGAUAUUCUGUCUGCAUUUGGCAGCUGUUAUCAGCCCUGUGUUUACUGAAGAUUGGAGGGCCAAUGUUGUAAAAAACCUUGACGCCCUGGUCACAUCCUGUGUUGUGGUACCCUGUUCAUUCAGCCAUCCUAAAGAGAACCUGCCCUCCUCCAGACUCAGAGGGAUCUGGCAUUUUUCAACUGACAAAAGCAAACGCAUCUAUUACCAGGAUAUCACACAGGUCUUGGAAAACUUCAGGGGCCGCACAAGGUUGUUGGGACAUCUGGGUCAGGACAACUGCACUUUAGAAAUUACUGACAUUAAAGAUCAUGACAACGGCCCUUUCUGUUUCCGGAUCGAACUAGCACGAACGGAGACUGAUACAUCCACCGUUGACAAGUUCUCCUUUGUGGAGAGUUGUGUCACACUCAGAAUGCUCCCUGAUCCUCCGAAACCUACACUGAGUCACCCAAAGACGGCCAUUCAAGAUCGUCCCUACAUUAUCACCUGUUCAGUCACCCAUACCUGCCCGACCCAUGUGCCUAAACUCACAUGGAGUAGAGGCACGGGAGAUGAGAUAAUAGAGGUCCACAAGGACACUGGUUUUGGCUACUGGGAGGCCCAGUCCAUCCUGACCAUCGUUCCUGAUGAGAAGGAUGAUCACAGUGAGGUCACCUGUACAGCACAAUUUAAUGGACAGAAGACAUCAUCUACAUCAUUGACACUCAAUGUAAAACGUACAGAAAACUGUAACCACAUCAUCAUUCCCACGGUGGUAGUGAUUGGUACAGCUGUGAUCUUUGCAGUCUUCUGCGUUUUCAUGGUGAAAAGAUACAAGGGGAGAAUCUAAAGAUAAUCAGAAGAAAGCAGAAGAAGUGACGAGUGUCUUCCAGUAUUGUCUACGGCUGACUACCACUGUCCUUUUUUUGAUAACACCACUGUAGAGACAGCAAAGGUAGAAGGUUUUUAAUCCUACAUGUGUUGUUUUAAAAAAAAAAAACUGAAAUUAAAGGGGCAGUACUCGAUAUUCA